AUGACUUUCAACAUCGGUCAUCAACAGGUGGACUUCGCCUUCCCUGAUAUUACAUUGGGAAUUCAUCGCACUAGCAGACCUCCACCUGUUGCACCACCUGUUGCACCACCUGUUGCACCACCUGUUGAUCCAUCUGUUGAUCCAACUAUUGACGCAUUUCGCCAGGAAAACGGCCAUUCAAGCGGUCCUUACGUGGACAUCAAGAGCGCGUUGCGGUACCCCAUAUCGUGCCAGGUGUUCCAACAAAACCACUUUGGGGGCCAUCGCUUCAGCGUCCACCACAAUCUCCAUCAAACUAACUCCUUGAGGGACGUUUCUUCCUUCCACGGGUUUCCUCCGAAGCCUCCUGUGGCACCUUUCUGCUUUCCGUACCAUUUUAGCACCGAUGAUCUGAAAGUUUACGGUAGUUUGCCGAGAGAUAUGACUGCUAAUACGGUUAGUACCACGGUGGAGUACUUUGAUGGGGAUUAUUCGCCGAACGAUCGUGAGCAGGAGUUUUUGAGGUUCGAUCUUGAGAUUCCGGCAGCUUUGGAGUUGAUUCCUACGAGUGGUUCCGAAAGAAAUUUGUACGAGAUUGAUACUCUGCGAAGGACUACUCCCGUUUAA